AGAGGAGGGGCUUGUUGAAAAAACACGGCUUAUUGGGGAAAAGAAUAACACAGUCGGGAUAGAGGCAUUGUAGCAAUUGUAAUUUUAUACAAACUGAAGGCAGGACCCUUCAAAAAAGUCAAGCCCAACCAUGGGGAAGUCUCUAUUUUCUUUGCCAAAGCAAAAAGAAGACCAGGAGAACCUGACUGAAGACCCAAAGUCGCUCAAUGAGGACGAUAAAGACGACGUGUCACAGUUUCCAUAUGUUGAAUUCACAGGCAGAGACAGUGUUACCUGUCCUACUUGUCAAGGGACAGGGAGAAUACCAAGAGACCAAGAAAACCAGCUAGUUGCUUUGAUACCAUACAGCGACCAGAGGCUGAAGCCAAGACGAACGACAUUGUACGUGUUUGUAUCCGUCUUUCUGUGUCUGCUGCUUUCUGGUCUGGCCGUGUUCUUCCUGUUCCCUCGGACUAUUGACGUCUCUUAUGUUGGGGUGAAGUCAGCCUAUGUCACUUAUGACCGAGACCAGCGGAUAAUAUACCUAAAUAUCACGAAUACCCUUAACAUCACCAACAAUAAUUACUUCCCAGUACAAGUAGCCAACAUCACAGCCCAGGUGCAAUUCUACAAGACUGUCAUUGGGAAGUCUGUCGUCAGUAAUGUCACCACCAUCAUCCCCCUGGAUAUGCGACAGGUUGAUUACACUGUUCCCACUAUCAUAGCCAAUGAGAUGAACUACAUAUUUGACUACUGUACCAUGCAGUCAAUUAAAGUGCAUAACAUUGUUGUCAUGAUGCAAACGACUGUAACCGCUGUGUACUUUGGCCAUGCUGAGCAGGUGUCUCAGGAAAAGUACCUAUACGUGGACUGCGGCUCGAACACCACCUCUUCACGCGGACGCAUGAGUGUGAUACAGUGACGCCUCUACGUAUGACCCUCAAUUCUUAAUGUUCUCAUGUGGUGAUAAAAAAAGAUGGCUACUCCUGAGUGUUACGAAUGUCUGAAAAUGAAGCCUGUACUGUAGGGUGGCAACAUUUGGAUUGAUCAGCAAUUUCUAGUCAAAGAGCUGAUAUCCUUUCUUCCACAUCAUUACUGAUUCUUUAGCAUUGCUCCGGAGGUUUUGCUUGGAUAGACAAAAGCACUUUAGUAUAUUUUGGGAAAAUGAAUGACCAGCAGAAUAUUCUACAUAGAUCUGCAAACACGUAAACCACUUUGACUUUACUACAUUGUUCUCUUGGUGUGAUUAUUUUGUCUUUUUUAACAUUGGUCAUGCUCGUAUAAUUCUUUUAUUUAGCUCUUUGUUGAGCAGGUAUUCUGUAGAUUUUUUUGGGGGGUGUUAUGAACACAUCAACAAAACCAUUAACAGAUGCUUUCAUUUUUGAUGAGAUGUUACUUGCCUGAAACCACACUCCGACUUCAGUUUAUGGGUAUUUUAUAUAACUCGAUUUUGUGGAUUUUUCAACCUCUUACUACUUUUUUUUAUUUUAUUUCAAGAAUUUUUGUUCAAAGGGAACGUUUAGAAUGAAUGUCUUUUGAACUACUUUUGAAAUUAUGAGAAUUGAAAAUGAAGUGGGCUAUCUGAGGCUAGUACAACACUGGCCAUGAAUCAGGCGUUAAUAAAUAUAAUAUAAAUUGAACUCAGCAGGAAGCUGUGGAAUAUAUUAGUUAAAAAAAGGGAAUAGAAAAAGGAAGGAAAGUAAUUGAUUCUGUUUUAAGAAAUUGACUUCUGUUAACUGAUGCAUCUUUGUUGUCAUAUUUGACUAAAUUCAACCAUCUUUUUUCUUGGUGUUUAGAUGAUUGAUAAUGUAGAUGUUUCUCAUUCACUUUAACCUUUUUGCUAAUUGUGUUUUCAAUAUCAAUACAUUUGAUUGAUGUUUAAUUUUAAUGUUUCUUUUUAAUUUCUUUGAUGAAAUUUGUGUCCAUGUAUAUUUUGUCUUAAAAUAUUUUGUUGGCAUUUCAGCACUCUCCCAAGUAAAAUGUUAUAAUAUCAUGUUUUUUCUAUGGUGAAUUAAAUAAGUACAGACUGGA